UAUAUCUACAUAAUGUGUAUACUAGUUAUGGUUUAGCUAUAUAAUUUCUUCUAGUAGUAAAUUCUUACAAAAUAAAGAUACGCGAUAAUGGACAAUCCAUACUCGAUUAAAUUCACAUUUGUAAACCCAAAUUUCUGUAAAUAUUGGAGUAUUAGAAUUUACAGAAAGUUGAGAAUACGUAUAAACAAUGGUUAAAUUCGAUUGGCAGGUUAUUUCUUAACAACAGAAUAACUUAAAACAUUAAUAAUUUAGAAAUAUUCUAUUUUGAUAGUAUUUAGUUUAAACAAUAAGUAUAUUUAUUUUUUCUAAAUUUUCUAAAUAUGUUAGAAAAAACUCAUAUUAACGGUCACAUUUUAUUUAACGUUAAACUGCAUUAAUUAAUUUCUUAUGUUCACUUGAAAAUACGUUUAUGUUUGUGUUUGAGUGUUUAAUCUCUUAUAAAUAUGAGAAAAAAUUUCAUUCUAAAAUACCAGAUACAAACAUUUUAAUAUAUUAUAUUAAUAACAUUUGCCACUUAUUUCGAAAACAUUGGCACAAUGGCUCACACUUCUUCCCGAACUACUAUCGUAUUCAUUGUUGUUGCUUUGAUUUGUGCGUUCGUUCCUGCAUUCUCUGUUGAAGAAGCUGAAGCAAAAUCACUAUGGGAUACCUGUCUUCUUAAAAUCAGUCCAAAAUGUGCGUUGGAUAUAAUUGGUGUUGUCUUUGAAAAUUUAACCAUCACUGAUGCAUGUUGUCAUGAUCUUGUACAAGAAGGAAAAAUGUGUCACGAUACUCUUAUCAAAUAUAUUGCUGAGAAGCCGCAUUUAGUUGCCCACGAAACAGAGUAUUUGAAGAAAAGUGAUGAUUUGUGGACUCAUUGUGUCUCAAUUUCGCAAAUUGCUUAAAAAUAUGUUAUGCUU